AUGGCCACGGUUACAGCUACGACCGCGGCUCUCAUGCCUAGAGAUACCAAUGCAAACACCAGCCCCGAGAACCCCCUGCUCGAUCUCUUCAAGGACCCCUUCUCGUCUACCCUCGCCUCGGCCUCGCUCUACUCCGCCAUUGGCGUCUCCAUUGGCUUCACGGUCUUCCUCGCCGUCUGCUUCUCCCUCCUCCGCCCUCAUAACCAGGCCGUCUACGCACCAAAGGUCAAGCAUGCGGACGAAAAGCACGCCCCCCCGACUAUAGGAAAGUCGCUCUUCGCUUGGGUCCCUCCUGUUCUCCACACCAACGAAGAUGUCCUCAUGCAGACCGUCGGCAUGGACGCCACGAUUUUCAUCCGCUUCAUGCGUAUGUGCCGAAACAUGUUUCUAGUCCUGAGUCUGGUCGGCGUCGGCAUCCUCAUACCCGUCCACCUCACAAAGGCUGCUGUCAGAGAUAAGAGCGAGCUCGGCUGGCUCACCAACAUUUCGCCCCUCAACGUCUUUGGCCGCGCUCAAUGGGUCCAGGUUGUCGCCGCCUACCUCUUUGACGCCAUCGUUGCCGGCUUCCUGUGGUGGAACUACCGUAAGAUUGCCGAGCUCCGCCGCAGGUACUUCGAGACGGAUGAUUUCCAAACCAGUCUUGCUUCCAGAACGCUCAUGCUCUACGACCUUCCCCGCGAGUCCGCCUCCGACGAGGGCAUCGCCCGCAUUAUCGAUGAGGUCGCCCCCAGCUCGUCCUUUGCCCGGACCGCCAUCGCCAGAAACGUCAAGGAGCUACCCGAGCUCAUCGAGCAGCACGACCACACAGUCCGCAAGCUAGAGGAGGUUCUGUCCAAGUACCUCAAGAACCCCCAGAAACUCCCCGCCAAACGUCCGACUUGCAAGCCAUCCAAAAAGGACCCCUCCUACAGCUCCUAUCCCUCCGGCAAGAAGCUCGACGCCAUCGAAUACUACACCAAGCGCAUCCGCGAGCUCGAAUCCGAGAUCAAGGAGGUCAGGGCCUCGGUCGAUAAGCGAAGCACCAUGCCCUACGGAUUCGCCAGUUAUAGCGAUAUUGCCGAAGCCCACAGCAUUGCCUACUCCUUUCGCAAGAAGAAGCCCCAUGGCAGCACCGUGGUCCUCGCCCCCCGUCCCAACGACAUCAUCUGGCGCAACAUGCCGCUUUCCGAUUCUGUUCGCAAUCGUAGGCGGUGGGCAAACAGUUUUUGGAUUUUCGUGCUGACCAUCCUCUGGAUCGGCCCCAAUGCUCUUAUUGCUAUGCUUUUUGUCAAUUUGGGCAACCUCGGGCGUCUCUGGCCCGCCUUCAAAACCUCCCUCUCCGCCAACCCCAAAUUUUGGGGACUCGUCCAAGGUAUCCUGGCGCCCACCCUCACCUCCCUCGCCUAUCUCAUCCUGCCCAUGAUAUUUCGCCGUCUUUCCACCAAGGGCGGCGACCAGACCAAGACCGGCCGAGAACGACACGUCAUUGGAAAGAUGUAUGCCUUUUUCGUCAUCAACAACCUCAUCGUCUUUUCGUUCUUCUCCACCGUCUUUACCUUUGUCUUUAACAUUAUCAAGAAUGCUUCUGCUGGGGAAUCCGGCUGGGACGCCAUCAAGGGAGCCAACAAGGGUAAUAACGGCAGAAGUAUCAUUGAUGGACUUUUCCAAGCCCUGUGCUCCAACGGCGUCUUCUGGGUCACCUACAUGCUCCAGCGCCAGCUCGGUGCGGCCACCGACCUUGCCCAACUCUGGUCGCUGACGAGGGCUUUUUUCCUCAAGAAGUUUUCCAGCCCGACGCCCAGAGAACUCAUUGAGCUCACCGCACCCCCGCCCUUUGAAUACGCCAGCUACUACACAUACUUUUUGUUCUAUGCCACCUCCAGCCUCUGUUUCGCUGGCAUCAUGCCCCUGGUCCUCCCCGCUGCUGCCUUGUACUUUACCGUCGACCACUACCUGAAGAAGUACCUGCUUCUGUACCGCUUCGUUACCAAGACUGAGUCUGGUGGCCUGUACUGGCGCGUGGUCUUUAACCGCUUCAUCUUUGGCACCAUGCUAUCCAACCUCGUCGUCCUCCUCACUACGUGGGUUCGCGGCGAUGCCAGCCACAUCCAGUUCUUUGCUGUCAUUCCACUGCCGUUCCUCAUGCUUGGGUUCAAGUUUUGGUGUGCCAACACUUACGACAAUAAGAUUCGAUUCUACAGCCUCCUCAACGUCCGAAAGAACCCCGAGGCCGCCCGCGCCCAAGCGGAGCGCCUACGCAGCGAAAAGCUCGCCAGCCGAUUCGGUCACCCUGCUCUGUACAAGAAGCUUAUCACGCCGAUGGUGCACCAAAGGGCCCAGAACUUGCUGCCCUCCGUCUACUCUGGACGAUUGACGGACGGCAGGGAUGUUGAAGCGGGCGACUUGAUGACUGUCAGUGGCUACUCGGACAUUUACGCUCUCGACUCCAUGAAGGCCGGUAGAACUGGUAAGGCCAGCAACGUGCCAGGCUUCGAGUUUGUGUCGGAAAGCCACAUGGACUUUGAGUACUUCAAAAACCGGGCCGAAUUCUUGGACAACCACGGCGGCGCCGACUUUUACGGCAUUGAAAGCGAGAGGGCCACGCGAGCGGGCACGCCCGUCUCCUUUGACGAACGUCCUGGGAGCGCCAUGUCGGGUCGCACCGCGGCGUAUGGCCCCCCGCGACGUGUGGGCACCGGCAUGUCGGACACUAGCUACAGCGCCUACCGACCGAACGUGGACGGUGCACACUCUCGCCAGGCGUCGGCCGGCAACGAGCUGGACCGCAUGCGCAGUCCGCUGGGCAACUUUGAUAACUCGAGCUCCACUGGUUUGGUGCACGCACAGCCCAUGGGGUACUCGGAGGUGCCCGGCCGAAGCAGCCCGGGGCCUUACGGGGAGUCGGGAAGAGCGAGCCCUGUCACCGGUUACCAGCCACUGGAGGGCCAGCACGAAGGGCGUAUGAGCCCGGCGCCGCGGGGGUACCAAGAAGUACCUCUCCAUGAGGGGCGUAUGAGUCCGGCGCCGCGGACCCGCUCGCAGUCGCCGGGUCCGGCCGCCGGGCCGUUGGGUGCUGCACUGCGGUCGCAGACUCAGUCACCGAGCCUCGUUCGGAAUAUGAGCCCGGCGCCGAUGAACCCCACGCGACAGAUGAGUCCCGCUCCAAUGAACCCAGCCCGGCAUAUGAGCCCGGCGCCGAUGAACCCCACGCGACAGAUGAGUCCCGCUCCGAUGAACCCAGCCCGGCAUAUGAGUCCGGCUCCCGGCCGACAGUCCCCGGCCACGCACCAGGUGCAGCCCCCCCGCCCCUACGGACAGGACCAGUACGACGACUUUCAAGGCAUGCCUGGGCAGCCGGGAUUCUACGGGCCAUCGCGUUGA